CUGCUACUUCCUCAGUCUCUCAAAUCCCCACGACUGCUGUCUCCUGCUCCUUCACCGCCGGCGAAGGUUGAACGUAGAUAGUCGCCUCCGAGCAACAAUAAAGAUGGUUCGAAGUGUAAAAAACCCUAAGAAGGCCAAACGGAAAAAUAAGGGUUCAAAGAAAGGGGAGGGUCCAUCUUCGUCCUCAAUACCUUCCUUACCUGCAAAGGUAUGGCAGCCGGGAGUGGACAAACUAGAAGAGGGAGAAGAACUCCAGUGUGACCCUUCUGCGUACAAUUCAUUGCAUGCCUUACAUCUUGGAUGGCCAUGCUUAAGCUUCGACAUCGUACGUGAUUCACUGGGAUUGGUUCGGACUGAAUUUCCACACACCCUGUAUUGUGUUGCAGGGACUCAGGCGGAAAAAGCUUCCUGGAACUCCAUAGGAAUAUUCAAAGUGUCUAACAUAUCUGGGAAAAGACGUGAGUUAGUGCCUAAUCGAUCUGCUGAUAAUGAUACUGAUAUGAAUAGUGAUAGCAGCGACAGCGAUGAAGAUGGUGGUGGUGAUGAUGAUGGCAAUGGUGGAUCUGGGCCUCCUGUUUUGCAGCUACGCAAGGUUGCACAUGAAGGAUGUGUUAAUCGCAUACGGGCAAUGACACAAACCCCCCAUAUCUGCGCAUCAUGGGCAGAUACAGGUCAUGUGCAGAUUUGGGAUUUUAGUUCUCAUCUAAAUUUUUUAGCGGAAUCAGAAACAGAAUUGAGCAGGGGAGCUUCUAACGUGUUUACUCAGGCUCCAUUACUCAAGUUUGGUGGCCACAAAGACGAGGGGUAUGCUAUAGACUGGAGUCCUCUUGUUCCUGGAAGGCUUGUAUCUGGGGAUUGCAAGAAUUCUAUUCACCUAUGGGAGCCUUCAUCCAGUGCGACAUGGAAUGUUGAAGCUAAUCCUUUUAUUGGGCACUCUGCAAGUGUUGAAGACCUGCAAUGGAGCCCCACAGAACCUCAUGUCUUUGCUUCUUGCUCCGUGGAUGGUAGUAUUGCUAUAUGGGACACUCGGUUGGGAAAAUCACCUGCAGCUUCUAUGAAGGCACAUAAUGCAGAUGUCAAUGUCAUCUCAUGGAACCGGCUGGCUAGUUGUAUGUUAGCAUCUGGAAGUGAUGAUGGCACAUUCUCUAUCCGUGAUCUUAGAUUGCUUAAGGAUGGAGAUUCUAUGGUUGCACAUUUUGAAUACCAUAAGCACCCCAUCACAUCAAUUGAAUGGAGUCCACAUGAACCCUCAACUUUGGCCGUCUCAUCAUCAGACAAUCAGCUGACGAUUUGGGAUCUUUCAUUGGAAAAAGAUGAUGAAGAAGAGGCUGAGUUCAGAGCUAGCAUGAAGGAGCAAGCAAAUGCGCCCGAAGAUUUGCCUCCACAGCUGCUCUUUGUUCAUCAGGGUCAGAAAGACUUGAAGGAACUACACUGGCAUGCCCAGAUCCCAGGGAUGCUUAUAUCUACUGCUUCUGAUGGUUUCAAUAUCCUGAUGCCCUCAAACAUUGAAAAUACUCUUCCAUCUAUUGAUUCUUGAAGUUACCUGUAUAUUCCCAUAAAAUUUUCUGUCUCUCUCACCAAGAUCUGAUAUUUUAUUGAAUCUCUAGCACUAAGGUCAUCUGUUUCGAGUCACAAGAAUUUUGCUUCUGAGGUCAUAUUUAGUUGUAAGUUCUAUUUAUAGUUUGAAACUGCACCAUUCUCUUAAAAUCUUUAGGUUUAUGCCAGGUAAGUGCUGGAAUUGGGUUGAGCUU